AUGGCUGAUAGACGACGACAUUCAAUCACAACAAUAUAUGCGUCAGAAAUAGACUCAAAUGUUGAAAGCUUUCCUUCAAAAUCUAGUCAAAAACAAGUCACAUUUGAAGUUAAAACAAAUACUUUUAAUAGAAAAAUUCAAGUUAAAACGAAACAAGAAGAUUCUAUUUCUACGAUACAUACAGAAUCAACUUCAGCUACAUCAGAACUGUCCUCGUCUAAUUAUACGGAAAGUCCAACUUAUUCAUCAAUGAUAUCAAAUUUUAUUCGAGGAAAUCUUGAUGAACAAAUAAACUUGAACAAUAAAGAAGAUUCAUUCAACCGUCGACCACUUCUUGAUCUGAUUCAUGAACUGAAUCAACAUAAUACAUCAACACAUGUACAAUAUGUACCAAAUCUUGGUGAUAAUAUUAAAAGUUUAUUACCAUCACCAUUGCGUAUUGUACCACCAAAACAAUUACCCACUUUCACACCUGUUAUUGUUCAUAGAAAAUAUCAGCAGCCAAUUGGAGUUUUUGAUUGUGUCGAUAAUAGCGAAGAUUCUUCUUCAUCACAUUCAUCAUUUACUCAUCGUAAUAGUCGCAAUGGAGUUAUGAGAAGUCAUACAUUUACCACACCAACUGAUAUAAAUUCUAAUUCUAAUGAAAUAUCUUCAGUUAAUACAGCAACAUGUCAAUCAACACCUGAAUUAACUACUUCAAGUCAAUCAUUGAUACCAGCUGUUAUUAAUGCAGAACCUAAUUCACUGUUAUCAACAAGUGCUAAUAGUUUAACUGGCACAUCGAAUGCAGUUGCUGCUCCGGCGUCUAGUGGAAGUAUUGAUGAAAAAAAUGAGGCUAAACGUCAAGCAAUUGCUUCGCAAAUGUAUGAUACAGAAAAAUCGUAUGUUGAAGCACUUAAAAAUCUUGUUACAAAAUAUUAUUUACCAAUGAAAGAUAAAGAUUUGGUUGCUGAUGAUCUUAUCAAUGAUAUAUUUUAUAAAAUACCAGAAAUUCAUAUUCAUCAUACGGCAUUUUUAUUAUCUCUCUCGCAAAAAUUAACUCAAUGGGAUAAUAAACAAACAGUUGGUGAUCUUAUAUUACAGAUGUUUACUCGAACAUCCAUAAUUGAAACUUAUACAAGUUUCGUUAAUAAUUAUAAAACAGCUCAAAUUGCAAUUCGUUUAUGUCGAGAUUUUUCAUCAUUUAAUAAAUUUCUCGAACAACAAGCACGUGACCAUCAUGGUAAAUUAACAUUAAGAGAUUUAAUAAUUCAACCAGUACAAAGGAUACCAAGAUAUGAAUUAUAUAUAAAAGAUUUUCUCAAAUGUACAAAUUUAAAUCAUCCUGAUUAUCAAUUAUUAAUGAAAGCUCAAUCAGAAAUUCAUUCUUUAGCCGAACAAAUUGAUCAAGUACACGAAGAAGUCGGUUCAACAGAAUUGAAUGUGACCAAUAAUUCGCUAGAUGCUGUACAAGAUAUGAUUGAAAAUUUAACUGAUUUAACCAAUGCCGAUCGUUAUUAUAUUCGUCAUGAUAUUGUUACACUUCAAUCAUCAUUAGGAUUAAAGAAAGAUCGAUGCAUAUUUUUAUUUAACGAUCUCAUUAUAAUCACUGCUUGUAAACGAAGAAGUAGCAAUUCAGCUAAAAAAACAACGAAUUCAGUUAUUGUAAAUUCUCCAUCUGGAAAACAAUAUAUUGAUAAUGCCAAAUAUAAAUUAAUUAUGAAAAUUUCACUUGAAAGUGUCAAUCUUACUGCAGAUCAUUUGAAGAAAACAAAAUCUUCGGUAUCAACUCCUCCAUCAUUAAUAAAAUCUCACUCAAAUGCAAGUACUACUUCAGAUAGACAUCGACAUCUCGAAGAAGAUGUUCUUCUUCUUGGACAAAUGACGGAUUUAGCCAAAUCAAUAACUGUACCUCAUCAGCAUUUAGAUGAUUCACUAAUAGAAACUCUUAAUAUCGUAAAUAAAAAUUUAAUUAAUGAAACAACAUCUAUGGCAAAUAUUCAAGGAACAAAUCCAGAAUCAAUUAUUAUUUCCGAUAAUAUUCAACAAAAAUCAAAUAAUAUUCAAUUAAUAAUAAAUACAACAGAACGUACAGAGACAAUUGAUGUUUUUUUUUCAUCAUCCGAAGAUAAAAUAGCAUGGGAAAAAAAUUUUCUUGAAGCUAAAAAUAUUCUCUUUGAAACUGCUGCUGGAAGAAGAAAUAUUAGCUUCCAACAUGUUCUUAUUCUUCCAAAUAUUCGACCUGGAAAUCAGUUUUCAUCGGGUGUUAUUCGUUCUUAUUCAGAUGAUUUAUGUUUAUGUUAUACCGACGGUGAUUUAUAUUUAAUUAAUAUCGAAUCGAAUUUAACAUUAAAAAGUGCUAAUAGAAUUCCAUCAUCAGGAUUAAAUUCUAUCGGAUAUAUUCCAUCUAAUAAAGGUCGACAAACAACAAGCAUUAUUACUAAAGGUUAUCAUCAACGUAAACAUCAUUUUAUUUCUCAAGAACAAUCAAAUAAUUAUUUUAAAUCAAUAGCCAUUGAUUCGUUACUUGAAAGCGACUCGAGCGAUGAUGAUGAUGAUAUUAAUAAUCAAGAUGAUGUAUCGUUAAAUGAUUCAUCAAUUGAUUUUCUUGAGAAUCAUUCAAAUAAUGAACAACAAGAUACAGUACAAGCUACGAUGUGGAUUGGAACACAAAAUGGAGGUUUAUUUAUAUAUGAAUGUUCACAAACAAUGAAAACAAUCGGACGAAGAAGUAUAUUUAAACAGCUAACUUGUUCAAUUCAUUCAAUUAUAUACACUGAUAAUAAAGUAUUUCUUGCUUUAAACUAUGGACAACUAUGUGUUUUUAGUAGAGAUACAAAUAAUCGUUGGGAUUUAGAGAAUCCAAUAAUUAAGUCAAUUGAAGGAAAUUCUACAAAAAAUGAAAAUGAAAAUGGAAAAUUCGAUAAUGGAGAAAAUGCUGAUCCAAUAUCAGUUAUGACAUUCGUAGCUGGAAGAUUAUGGUGCGCUAUAAAAGAUCGAAUAUUCGUUGUUUGCCCAAAUACAUUUAAUGUUGAACAUUCAUUUGUUGUUGAUGAUUGUCAUCGUCAUGUGUCUUGUAUAGCAACAGGUGGAUCAUCAAUCCAUCAUGUAUGGAUAGCAUCACAAGGUUCACAUGAAAUUCGUCUCUAUCAUGCAACACAUUUUGUUUGUUUACUCGAAACAAGUAUAAGAACAGUAGUUACACAAAAGUUACAAGUAUGUGAUGAUAUAGUUCGUGCUCAUAAGCUAGGGUGUCUUCAUGUAAGUACACUUCAUGUUUGCAAAGAAACAUUAUGGAUUGGAACAAGUGCUGGUAUUAUUAUUAAUUUAACAAUACCUCAAUUGAUUGAUACAAUAUCAACAAGCGGAAAUAAUAAGUUAACAUUAAAUUCUAUGCAGUUAAAAUGUUUACCAUUUGGUUACGCUGGACCCGUUCGUUUUAUUAUUUCAACUGAUAAAAGCUUUCUCUCAACAACUGACGAAGGAACAAUUAUUAAGACAUUUGUUAUUACUAUUGGAGAUGGCUUUGAAGAUUAUACGAAUAAUGAUGAAAAUUUAGGAAGAGAUGAUGCUUUUUCACAUCUUAUUCUUUGGGAAUCAUAA